GCGACGACGGAUCCAAGGCGCCGCGUCCCGCAGUGCCCGGAAAUGACGAACUGGUCGCGGUGUUAGGUUAGGUUAGGUUAGGUUGCCGUUCCGGCGAGAGAAACGUUCUCGUCAGUUCUCGUUGGUUCUCGUCUCUCUUCUCGUCGAUUCAUCUAAUCGUCCCUGGAUAUUGUGCGCACGUGAAAAAUGCCAGCUGUUUCGCAUUUGCACAAGUGGGCCCUUGGACUCGGUGCGGUGAGCGGAGCGAUACUGUAUUACUACAGCGCGCAAGGACACAGUGACACGAAGCCGUUGCGCGUCCACAACUCGUGGACGACGAAUUACGAGCCUUCGGUGAAGUGGGACCACAACUGGGAUAGACGAGAUCCAAAGAGCUUGGUGAAGCCGAUGAAGAUAAACACUGAGAAUGACGAGAACAAGUACAAUGAAAAGUUCGAGGCGAAGAAAGCAAAAGCUGUACGACACAUACUCAUGAUUCGCCACGGACAGUAUCACACGAAUGGAAAGACUGAUGCUGAGAGAGUGUUGACCGAACUAGGCAGGAAACAGGCUGAAGCGACGGGAAAGAGAUUAGCGGAAUUAAAAUUGCCUUAUUCACUGAUAGUAAAAUCUACAAUGACACGCGCCCUGGAAACCUCCCAAAUUAUAGAAAAGAGUCUUAUAAAUGUGCCAGUUGAGGAUGAUGGUUUGUUAGUUGAAGGUGCGCCUAUACCUCCGGAGCCGCCUAUCGGUCACUGGAAGUCCGAGAGAUACUCUUUAUAUACCUCAUUACAGUUUUUCCAAGAUGGGCCCAGAAUAGAGGCGGCGUUUAGAAAAUAUUUUCAUCGUGCGGAGCCUAGUCAAGAAUUCGAUUCUUACACCGUGCUUGUGUGCCACGCAAACGUUAUCAGAUAUUUUGUUUGUCGGGCGUUACAGUUUCCACCGGAAGCAUGGCUACGGAUAUGCUUGAAACAUGGAAGCAUCACUUGGCUCUCUAUCCUUCCGAGUGGUAGAGUUACUCUCUAUUGUCUAGGAGAUACAGGGCACAUGUUACCACAGAAUGUAACUUCUAGCUAAAAAAGUGUGUCUUAUGUGAUACAAUAUACAUAUAAAUAUCAUAUCAAAUGUAUGUCGAAACUUCCAUAAGCUGUACAAGUCCAUUUCAUAUCAUUUUUUUUUUUUUUGUGAUAGAUUGUUUUUCAACAUAGCUUUUAAAUUGGAUGGAAUUGCGUGCAAUUGUACAGAGAUAUACCGAAGAGAACUGAACCAUUAAGAAUAUUUUUAAAUAAUAAGUAUGUAAAGAGAAAUGGAUAUGCACAAAGAAAAAAAAACAAUGUUUAAGAAAGUAUUAUCUUGUGCAUCUCAUUGUAUAUAUUUUCUUCUUUUAACUCAGCUGUACUUAAAUCAUAAGACUCAUUGUUUGAGCAUUUGGGUCGUAUGUAUGUGCAUUUUUAUAAAUAUAUCUGCAUCUUUUCUAACA